CUUUAGGAAAAAAAUCUUGAUUUAUAAAUAUAUUUUUUUUAGAAAGAUAUCUAUAUUUAUAAUUUUUUUUAAAAAAUAAUUACUUUUUUGUUUUUAUUUGGUAAACUCGAUUUUAUUAGAUAAAAUAAAGAAUUAGGGCAGGCUGAGAAAGCCAAAAGGGUCUAUAAAAGAAGACGGCAGAGUUGAAAGCAGCAGUGGUCAGCCAGUGAAGUGAUCGGGCUUCCCUUCCCUCGUGCUCUCCGCCAUUUCUCGCUGAAUCUCCGAUCCACAUCCUCUUCACUCUUCGGGUAAUCAUGUCUACCGUAAAUCUGCCCACCCAUUGCAUGUUCAGAAGUGCAACCCAGAACCGAAUUGCCAGUGCCUUCAUUAGGAGCCCAUCAUCUUUGGGAUCUGUAAAGAGCAUCUCUAAAGCUUUUGGCUUGAAAUCUUCCCCCUGUUUCAGAGCAACUGCAAUGGCAGUAUACAAGAUUAAGCUGAUUGGACCUGAAGGUGAAGAGCACGAGUUUGAUGCCCCAGAUGAUGCAUACAUAUUAGACUCAGCUGAGAAUGCAGGUGUUGAGCUACCUUAUUCUUGCAGGGCUGGGGCGUGCUCUACCUGUGCAGGGCAAAUGGUUUCAGGUUCAGUGGACCAGUCUGAUGGAUCCUUCCUUGAUGACAAGCAGAUGGAGAAGGGUUAUUUGCUAACUUGCAUUUCAUACCCAACUUCAGAUUGUGUGAUUCACACUCACAAGGAAGGUGAUCUUUAUUGAGUGGGUAUGGUUUUCAAUUCUUGUUGUCUUGAUUGUGAUGGUACAAACUUUAAUGGAUGGUUGUACUUAGAUUUUUGGUCAUGUUUCUGGUGCUAUCUCAUCUCAGUUAGGUCUUAUUGGCA